UCAUAAAAAAAAAAAAGAGUUGGAAAAUAUUUGGAAAAUUAAAAGCCAAGCAGAAAGGACUGUGUGUGUCUUUAUGAGCCAUUGCUGGCUUCGAAACUGUCAUUGUGGACGGCAAUCGCCAGAAAAUGGAAAAUUCUCCAAGGAUUUUUGGCGACUUGUGUCUCAGUCGAAGGAAAUGGGGGAAAGGAAAAAAGGGGUGGCAAAAGCGUUGACGCGUUCAUUGACUCCUGCGCUGUGGGCCUUCGCAUUGGUCAUAAUUCUUUCCCGCAUAAUGCGCACAGAAAAGUUUACACGCAAUAGAUUUUUAUGUCCUUUUGGGACACUCAACAACCCAUCCUGGCCCUCUCAGAGGCAACGGAUCGCUGGGCUCAAGUUCUAUGCAGCAUCUAAGACUUUCUUUCUCUCUCUCCCUUCCGAAGAAUGCUCUGGUUCGCGUUCAUCUGCGUGGCUCUGUUCAGCAUCAUAUCGCUGAGCAAGCGAACCUGGCAUCGCUUUCAGACCUCCCCGAUGGUCAUAUCCAUGGAUCGCAACAAGCUGGUGUGGAACACGAGCUUCCCCUCGCUGACCGUGUGUCCGCACAAGCGCAUCGAUGAGCUCAAAGUGGAGGAGUACAUACUGGCCCAUGAGGAGGACUUUGAGACCGAGGAGGAUCAAGAGGAUUUCCGUGAUUUUAUUGUGAAACUUGCGAGCCUCACGUACGACAACUUGGAGUCCCUGCCGCUGAACAAGUCCUUCGGGAUCUCGGGCGAAAAGUACUUGGAUUUGCUUUAUGAAUUGAAAUGGGCCUUCGAGCCGGAAAUCAGCAGCGGCGCCGCCGUCAAAAUGUUCAUCUACGAGACCCAAACGGAGUUUGGCAUUUGCCAUGCCGUCAACUCGUUGGUCGCCCGCUACAAUUCCUUUGAUUAUUGGCGCUCGAAUGAUUGGAGCAUCCUGGACCAUGGGGAUCGUGUGACUGUGCAUCCGCUGGAUGGUGAAAUCUACGCUCAGAUUAUCAACCUGUCAACGGCCUACGAUGUCUACUUCCAUGGAGCCGGGGAUGUCCCAAGCAUAUCCAAGCAGCGCUACACAUUCCCGGAGAGCGACUACACCACCGUCGAGCUGAUUGCCCUGGAAAUCUACACGAAUGAGGAGGCCAGAGCGUUCACCACCAAACAGAGGAGCUGUCGCUUCAACUAUGAGGCCGAGGACAUGCAGUCGGUGCCCAUCUAUAGCUUCGGUCUCUGCCUCUCCGAGUGCCGCAUGUUCUUCGCUCUGCGUGCCUGCGGCUGCAUACCGCACUUUUACCGGAACCGCCUACGGAACGGACGGCGACUCCCUGUUUGCGGCCUGGAGGGCAUCGGUUGUUUGGUCAGAAUUAAACGCGAGAUAAUCUCAUUGAAAUCGGACAAAUACAAAAUCAAUUGCAAUUGUUUGGCCAACUGUGACGAUUCCAACUUCUUUGUGCAGUCCCAUCGCUCGCGUGUCUGGUUUUUGGGCGCUAAUCUACAGUGGGGCAUAAUCGAUUAUCCCAAAAUGCAGCUCCGCCGCGAUGUGCUCUUCUCCUUUGCCGAUGUCUUGGUUUAUAUUGGCGGCCUGGUGGGGUUCUUUCUGGGCUGCAGUGCUUUGAGCUUCACUGAGAUCAUAUAUUACUUCACGGCUCGAUUUGUGCGGCGCAUGUUCUUCAAUUGAUGGAAAAGUA